AUGACAUUCAAUAGAAGACUUUAUAUAGCUGCGCUAUCAGUGACACCAAAACAAAUUUUUAUUUUGGGUGUAAAUAACAGAGAUUAUGGAGGAAAAAGUAAUUGUCUCCUCUACAUAUCUUUCGUACAAGCUCGAAGUUUUUUUAUUUCACCUACACGAAAUAUGGGAAAAUAUCGACGUAAAGUAUGUUCUGCACCAAAUUGUCAAAGUGGUACCAGUAAGCAACGUAAUUUGAACAAAAUAAAUAAUGUUCCGAGCAACAUACUAUUUUCAUUUCCUAAGAAGGGUACUGCAACACGUUUUGAAUGGGAAAGAUUUAUCGGACGUAAAGCCUGUGAUAUGAAGAAGCCAAUUUUAUUGGAAACUGCAGUUCCCAAAAAUAAUGUAGUUAAAGCAACUGAUAUUGAGGAUGGUAUCGUAAUCGAGCAGCUGACCGAUCCAAAUAUAGUUGAUGAAACCAAAGAUAAAAUAAGACCAGUUUUAUCUAAAACCGCAUGCACAAUUCCAACGAACGUAAUUAGAGUAACUAAUAUUGAGGAGUUAGAUGAAAAUAAAGGAUUAAUUGAUACAACAGUUAAUGAAAACGAAGUACCUGAAAGUAAUGAAGAACAAAGUAUUAUUGAUACAAACAAAACCACAGUCGAAGAACUUCCGUCAACCCUUAACAAAAUCCUAGAAAUAUUUAAAACUCUAAUAAAUAUUUACGAUGCUACGAUCUACGAGGUUUUAGCAAAUAAAAAGCUCUUCGAAGUUGAAAAAAAAUUUAUUAAAACUAAGUACGAUUUAGAAGAAAUUAUGCACACAAUAAAUACAAUAUAUUCCAGCGAUUGCUGUUUCAUUGUGAAACCGCAUAAGACGUACAAUAAGAUAGGACGCGUAAGAUGCGAGCACUGUAAAAAACUCCAAAAGAAGAUAUCACGCACCAGAAAAAUUGAGCAAAGAAAAUCCGAAAAGAGAAAGGAAAUUAAUAAGAAAGUGAAGAAGAUGAAAGCAGAAAAUGCUCGUCUUAAAGCAAAGACUGAUAAGUUGAAAAAUCAUCUCGAUAAUACUCGUACACGUCUCAAGGAUAUAAAAAAUAAACAGAUUAAGGAUCUUAUUAAAGAAAAUAUUGCCUCCGCUCAUAUUGAAAUGGUCAAAGCAUCCUAG